AUCUUUACAAAUGACUGUAUAUAAGACAUAAGAACUAAUGAUGAAGUAUACAUUGCAAACAAUAASCAGAAGAACAUUUCCUCAUGUCAAACAAUAGAAAAGUCUUGAGAGAGACGGAUGAGCAUAGCUUAGAAUAGAGUGUCGUGCUGUGCUGCACUAUAUCACUACACAUGCAGUAUUUUCAACGUUAAUUUAAAAAARUGUUUUUUUGAUGGUGCUACGCCCUCGACAUGUGACAUAGUCUUAUACAGUGUUAUUGGCCCCGGAGGACAAGUGAAUAUAAGUUGAAUUUUGAAUAACGUCUUUCAUAACACGAGUAUCAAUCGAGCCACAAACAUUUAGUAGAGUUUGUACUAUUGGUCACGUGAUUCAAUUGAAUGGUCCUACUUAUAAGAACGUCAUAACCCUUCAAAAAAAACACUUAAUGCUCAGUUAUGACUUCACUAAUGAAAGCCAACAACUCCAAUCCAUACUCAAAUCUCACACGAAAUCAAGUCUGAUGAUCUCAAAUGAUUAAACGAGUCUGGUUGAUCAUCACUUAGAAACUGGCUAGGUACAUUUGACCGUCGAUAAAAUACAUUCAGUGGAUUGUCAUGUCUGACUUGGAUUCCGACUCGAUCACACAAGGAGCUUUUAUCGAAUUGAGUCAAUGCUUCAAUUACCUAAGCCAAUCCUAGUCACGGAGGUUGUGAUUAAUAGAAGAUCCGUGAAUCUGCAGGAAUUAAGGGAAUCGACUUAUAUCGAUAGAAAGAGGGCGGACGCGCGAAAACCAGACCUCGAUCUUAGUAUAAACACAAAGACAAACUUCACAGUGAAAAUACAGUGGAUUUGYAGUUUAAAAUGGAGAGAUCUUAUUCGGUAAGAGAAUGGUUCAACGAGGGGAAUGACACAGAAAAUACUACAUCAUGCGAUCUUGGGCCACACGACACACUAGCCUCAAUCGCUGCCAAAAGCUCAGCUUAUAUUCUGAUUUUUAUUCUUUCGAUUGUGGGAAAUUCUCUAAUAAUUGUUAUCAUCUACAGAGGAAGAGAAUUGCGAUCGACAACGAACUUUCUCAUCGCCAAUAUGAGCAUAUCCGAUYUACUUGCGUCGAUUUUCUUUAUGCCAAUUGCAAUUCUUGARAUUCAUAACGGUCAUCGAACGUGGCCUAUAGACGGUCAAAUAGGUUUGGUUUUAUGUAAACUGGUUUAUUUUAUUCACGACGUAUCUGUUGCAGUCUCAGUUGAGAGUUUAACUUUUAUUACCAUUGAUCGAUUCUGUGGCAUCGUACAUCCACAUCGUCGUAAACCGUUUGUUGGUCGGAUUAGGAAAGUGGUCGGUUUCAUCUGGUUGAAUUCCAUGUUAYUGCAUUGCCCAUUUCUGUACACCUUUCAACUGACCUACAAGAUGGGAAACACUUAUUGUGAGAUGAUUUGGCCAGCUAAUCUUGACACUGAUUUCUUUAACAAGAUAUAUUUUUUAACUCUUAUUGUUAUUCUGUUUGUGUUGCCUUUGUUGACAAUAGUUGCUCUACAAUCUUUCAUCAUCAGAAAAUUUUACAAUCAGUCRUUGCCUCGAGGGUUGUCAGGUGAAGCGAGAAUCCGAAGACACCGACGAAACUGUAAGGUCAUUUCGAUGGUAUUGGCAGUAAUUGGUGUUUUCUUUGCUUGUUGGAGCCCAAUUAUCAUUUAUUCCUUUAUAGUUUUAUUUUUCACAAAAARGUGUAGUAACUUUGAACUCUUCCGCUUCGUUGCAUCGUUCAUUGUUGAGUCCAACAAGUCCUGGAACUUCUUCAUAUAUUUUGCUUUCAACAAUACCUACAGACAUACUUUAGCCAAAGUUUGUACAUGUAGGAGGAAGAUGCUGUUCAAUAACGGUGAGGCUACUUCGCACCAUGGUAAAGAUGGGGAAUUAACUGUCUUUCCACAGGAAAAAGAAGACAGCUUUUACGAUGAGAUAGAACCCUUUUGAAUGGUGCGGACUUCCGUCAACUCAAGCCGAUUGGCAGCCGAUUCGAAAGCGACGUCAAGCCGACUGAUUAAUAUAUGCAAAGCAAUCACAUUCGACAAACAAGACAAUGUAAGCCGACGA